UUUAAUUAAAAAUUCCUCUCCCUUUUUUUUCACAAAAAAAUCCCUCGUAGAUCCUUUCAUAGAUCCUUUCAUAGAUUGAUUCCCUUUUUUAUUAUUAUUAUUUCCUUUUUAUCCACAAACUUUUAAUAUGGUAGCGAUUUCUAUUAUUAUAAUUUAUAUCGUAUGUUUCAUUUCUAUGGUAUGCGCAAUAUGUACUGCCAUAAAAUUAUAUGUGACAGGAAAAAAUUAUUUAAUUGCAAUCCUGGCGGUUGCGAUGGCAGUGGGAGAAUUUAUAAUAUUACUUAGUAUCAUUUGGAUAAGUGAUUUUAAACAUGGUGUUCCAAAAACAUUUUGCUACGUUCAAGCGUUAGCUUUUCAAUAUGCUGUAUAUGUGCAGAUUGUAACUGCUCUAUGUUUCGCAUUUCAUAUUUAUCAAUUACUUGUCCAUUUUAAACAAGGAACUUCCCAAAAGCUACAACAAUUUUAUAUGAUCUUUAUAGCUAUUAUUCCCGUUGUGGUAGUUAUAAUUGCAACCGUUGUAACUAUUAAAGUUGAUGCCAUAGGACCUUUAGCAAUAAAUUGUGACAUCAAGAGACCUGUAUGGGCUAGGUUAAUUGGAUACUCGGGAUUUAACUUAUUAUUAACUUUUCCUGGAGUAUACUUUAGUGGGCGUGCAGCUUUUCAAGUAUUUAGACAUUUAGAUCAAUUUAAAAGUAAAAUUUCUAAUGGGACUGACAGCAAUGACUCCACGAGAGCAAUGACGGGAAAUAGAAAUAAUACUAAUGACACUUCCCCGCACGAAAUUCAAAUUCAUGUGGACAGUAAUCAUGAAAUCACGAAUUCAGAAGCUACAACAACAUCUGGAACAAGAACCACAAUAACAGCACAUAGACGGCCAAGAUCUCAAAGUAGAGCAAAUCAAAUAAAAGCAUAUAAUAUGACAAAAGCUGCUGCAAUACGUAUGGUCUUAUUUGCAUGCGGGUUUGCAUUAAUUAAUGUUUUAGCUUCGUUUCAAACUGUAUCGAUGAUCCUUAAGGAAGGCUUAUUUGGUGAAGUUCACAAUGAAGGUAUAGGUGGUAAUGAUCUCGCUGGUGCUUUUAUGGGAUCAAUGCUCUUUCUUGUAUUUGGUUUACCUCGUAAUAUGAAAAGAUGUUUUUCUCGUGAAAAUUCAGAUUUAAGUUAAAAAUUUUGACUUCAAAAAAUUUAUGAAAUACAAUUUUUUUUUUUCAACUUUUGUUUUUUUUUUUUAAAAAAAAAAAAAA